AGGUUGGAGGAGCAGCGGAGGAUUAAUGUCCUUUAAAGCACAAAGCUUCUCCCCCUCUCUCUCUCUCUCUAUCUCUGAUCCUCUCAUUUCAUCUCUCUCUCUCUCUCUCUCUCUCUCUCCAGCCAGCUGUCCAUCUCUCCUCCAUCAUCACGCUCUCUCCUCUCUUCCCCGUAUCUCCUCUCUGGCUCUCUCUUUUUGCCGACUGUCCCGUCACCUCUGUGGACCCGGGGCGAGAUAUGAAGCGGCACCAUGGGUUUCAUGGAAUUCUACCUGGAGAUUGACCCGGUCACGCUGAACCUCAUCAUCCUGGUCGCCAGCUAUGUCAUCCUGCUCCUGGUCUUCCUCAUCUCCUGCAUCCUGUACGACUGCCGGGGCAAAGACCCCACCAAGGAGUACGCCCCGGACAACGCGCCGCCGCCGCCCAGCCAGUCGCCCAUACGUCUGGUGGUCAUGCAGAACUCGCCCGCCUCGACCCGCUAUGAGCCCAACAACACGGCCGGCCACGGCGAGCUGCCGACGCCGGACCUGAGCCGGGACAGAGGAGAGAGGGAGAAGAGGAGUACUCUGGUCUGAGGAAGAGGAGGAAGAGGAGGAGGAGGAAGGACAACCAUGAAGUGCUGUUGGAUCACUCUGUUCACUGUUUUUACUUCUGGACUCUUUAUUUUACUUUUUAACAUCUGGAUGGUGUUGAAGGGCUGCUGAGGUAUGCGGCCACAAACUUCCAGAAGCCCCUUAAAUUCCUGCCGUCAGCCUCCGCCAGCCUCCGCCAGCCUCCGCCCAGCUGCCGGUUCAUCCUGAACCCUCGGAGGGUUCCAUCACAUCCCACCGGAGGCUGCUGAGGACCCAAGCACAUCCCACCCAGACUGAUCCAUCCAUGGGUUUAUUUGGAGUGUUUACUGCUCCAUGUGGCGCCCAAAGACACGUCUGACUCCAACUGAGGUUUAAAUAUCUGCUGGGACACCGGAGACAUUUGGACUCUUCUGGAGCUGCUCGUCCUCCUGCAGUAACACUAACAGACGUCGUCUCGAGCCAACUGGGACUGAGGCGUUGUUAAAUGGGAAAAGACAAGAUGAUAAAAGCCCUAACCCUUCACCUGGUGUCAGUUCAUAUCUGGUGAUUUCAUUAACUGCACAUCUGUCAGGGAUGUUUCUCUUAAGGCCCCUUAAACAUGAACGUCUCCUGAGCUGUUCGUGUUUUCCUUCUGUCGACCCUCAGAGGGCUGUUUCAUAACGAUGUCUCUUAUUGUGAAAAGCCUGUCUUGAAUUUGAUUGAAAGAUUAAAGUUCCUUUAAGCGAUCGGUUAAAAACAACCUUAAAUAACGCUGAUAAUCCAUUACAAAACCCUUAAUAGGAAAGAAAGGACUGACUCAAAUUGAAAGCCACAAAAAACAUUUUAAGGGUUUUAAAAAUAAAAAAAAUGCAGAGGAGAUUACCAAUUAAAACCCUUUAAUAUAUUACUGUAUACUUUAACAGGUUCAUUUGUCUUUGGCAUAAAAACCCUUAA